AUGUGUAUACUUGUUACCCAAGAUUUCUCUCUUGGAGAACUGUACGCAGAUAGAACAAAUGGUAUAAUAACAAUGGAAAGAUUCGUGAAGGAUGUCUGUGAUAGAAUAUUUUUUGAUAUAGAACCAAGAAAUCUGGUUAAUGGUUUUCAUAUUACACCUGCAUUGGCUGAUUGGUUUCAAAUUCCACCUGGGUUUCAAAUUCAACCUGUAAUGGCCAAUGGUUUUCAAGUUCAAUCUAUGGAGGCUAAUGGGGUUGAUCAAGUUCAACCUAUAGUGUGGCAUGCAAAAGAGGCUCAAGUAGAUUACUUUCCCCACAGGGAUCAUGAGAAUGAGUACCAUUCAAAGAUGGUUGCCGGAGAAGAAAAUAAUGCUACUCUUGAUUUAUCUGAUGUUUCUAAUAUUACUGACAGAACCUUGUUUAUUACCUUCUCCAAGGGCCAUCCUAUCUCAAAAGAAGAACUUAGAGACCUAAUAGAGAGGACAUUUGGGACUUGUGUAGAAGCUGUCCAUAUGAGAGUUGAUCCAGAGCCCCUAUUUGCUCGUGUUGUUGUUAACUCUGUCUCAGUAAUGGCAGAAAUCCUAGGGGACAAGGACAUAGUGAAACUCAGCACUAAUGGGAAAGACGUUAGGGUUAGACGUUUUAUCCCAAAUACAAACCAGGUUAGUAGCAGCAAUGCAUUAAUGUAG